AUGAUUGAAAAGUAUAAGCAGUUGCUCACCUAUACAAAGUCUGCUGUUACCAGUAACAACAGUGAGAGAGGUAUCAACUCAAUUCUCGAUCUCAUCUCAUCAAACUCAAAGAUGGAUUUGGAUCUUGUUCAACAAGUCUAUGAUCUAACAUUAAAGUCAUUAUUAGAAGCAAAGAAUGAGAGAGUUUGGUUCAGAACCAAUUUAAAGUUAUCAAAGUUAUUGUUUGAGAAGGAAGAGUAUGCACGUUUGGCAAAGAUUCUCAGAGAGUUACAUAAAUCAUGUGAGUUGGAGGAUGGUUCCGACGAUCAAAAGAAAGGUUCGCAAUUGGUCGAUAUCUACGCCCUUGAAAUUCAAAUGUACACUGCCACAAAGAACAAUAAGAAAUUGAAAGAAUUAUAUAAAAAGGCAUUAGAGAUUAAAUCAGCUAUUCCACAUCCAAGAAUUAUGGGUAUCAUUAGAGAGUGUGGUGGUAAGAUGCACAUGGCAGAGAAAGAGUGGGAGAAGGCACACUCUGACUUUUUCGAGGCAUUCAAAAACUACGAUGAAGCCGGUAAUCCACGUAGAAUCCAAUGUCUUAAAUACUUGGUUUUGGCCAACAUGCUGAUGUUGUCAUCGAUCAAUCCAUUCGAUUCCACCGAGGCCAAGCCAUACAAGAACGACCCCGACAUUCUUGCCAUGACCAACCUCGUAGCUGCCUAUGAAAGAAACGAUAUCCAUGCUUUUGAAAAGAUUUUAAGAGAUAAUCGUAAGACUAUUAUGGAUGAUCAAUUCAUCAGAAUGUAUAUUGAAGAUUUGCUAAAGAAUAUCCGUACUCAAGUAUUGUUAAAGUUGUUAGAGCCAUACACCAGAAUCAGAAUUCCAUUCAUCUCGAAGGAGUUGAAUAUUCCAUCGAACGAAGUCGAAUCGCUUUUGGUAUCGUUGAUCCUCGACAACAAGAUUCGUGGUUCCAUCGACCAAGUCAAUCAACAACUCGAACUCGACACUGCCAAGUCUGCAAGCUACUGGAAAUACAGAUCCAUUCAUAAGUGGGCAACUCAAAUCGGUUCACUCAAUAACACCAUUGCCAGUAAAUUAGUAUCAUAA